UUCGCGCGCGGUAAAAAGGGAACACAUCAUAAACAGGGUCCCGAGGAUGCUGUCUGCCAAUUUUCGUUCGGUCGCCGACAAGUUUAAAGGGAAAGAAAUUGAAAGAAAGCGCUAAGAUUGUGGAUAAGGGUCGCAAAAUGAACUAAUUCAGUCGAGGCGGGUUCUCGGCCAGCCCAGCGGAGUUCUCCGCCGCCAGCGUGACGAGCGUGACAAACAGCUUGCACUGACCCCGCCAUGUUGUCGAGAGCCGCCGCCAUUGCUCGUCCUGCUGCCCGUCAGGCUACCUGGGCAUUCAAGCCUGCUACUGUAUCUGCUCUUCGCACUUUUACCGCAUCCUCCCAGGUCGCGUCGUCUCACGGUGACCCCCCACCCCAACUCCUCGGUCCUGGUGUAAAGCCUGGUGAAGUCCCAACUAGCUACGACCAGGCCACCGGUUUGGAGCGUCUCCAGCUUCUCGGUGACAUCGAAGGCUUCAACGUCUUUGACCAGGAGCCCCUUGACUCCAGCCGUAUUGGAACCAAGGCCAACCCCAUCUUAGUCCCUGCGACCGCCGCUGCUCGUAUCGUUGGGUGCACUGGUUCACCCGCUGACUCUCAUGAUGUCAUCUGGUUCGAGGUGAAGAAGGAUAAGUUGGCUCGAUGUGUCGAAUGUGUAUAUGCUCUUCAGCUCGAGGAAGGUUACGAAGAAGCACUUGCACACGCACACGCUCACUAA